GCCCAAAAAAGAAACACAGUCCAAUCCCAGCCGCAAACUGGAACGCGCGGAAGACCGUAGGGCGAAGACGGGAGGAAGACGACUCGCCGCAUCUUCACUGCUGCCGGCUGCCAGCCUGACGGCGACGCCGCCCAUCACUCCCGCAUUCACUUCAGUCUUCCGGGUUUAGGUCCAAUUCGUCGCUUUCACGAUUCUUCUCUCUUCUUAACGGGCCACUGCCGUCUUUGCUUCUCUAAGCUCGCCGAGAGCUGUCGGUCUCUGGGAGAAAGCACAGUAGCAGACUCGUUUUAUACGCCUUUCAUCUUGUCUCAUAAAACCCACAGAUGGUGAAUUCAGCUGCAAGUGAAUUCGGCUGUGAUGGAGUUUGUGAACUGGUAGAACAUCUGGAGGGAAAAGAAAAUACGAGUUCAAUGAGCUGUCCCGAAGCUGAAAAUAGUGGGGAUGUGAUUUGUUACAAGGGAGCAGAAAUGGGUAGUGGUGAGGAAGUUAAAGUUAAGGAGGAGGUAGUGGCUUGUAGUGAAUAUGUGACGGUGGGAGAGUUGGGUUGUUUGAUUGAGAAGGAGUUGGAAAAUGUUAAUUUAAAUGGUGCAUUUUCUGUGAAGGAGGAAGCUCAAGUUAUGAGUAGUGAGGACAUCGAUGGUGUAAAGAGUAGUGCGGGCGAUCAUUAUGCAAAAAUCACUACGACGGGUAAUGGAAAUGAGGAAGGAGUAACGAGUCAUGAAGUAGGGAUUGGUAAAGAUGAGAGCUCUUCUGAUUCUGAGUCUGAGUCUGAGUCUGAUGCCUCGUCUUCUUCAUCUUCCUCUGCAUCCAGUAGUGAUGAUGAUAACGAAGAUGACGAUGACCUUGAGGAUAAUGAAGGAUGUAAUAUCAAUAGAAAGGAUACAGACAUUGAAGAAGGUGAGAUCUUAGCGUGCGGUGCAGAUGAUAUGGUUGCUUGGAGUGAUGAUGGUGAUGAUGGUGUGGAGGGAAGUGGUCCUAAGGGACCAAUAAGGUCUAAGAAUGAGCUGCAGGAACUCCCUUUUGUUCCGCCUGUCAAUGUGACUAUACAACCCCAUCACCAGACCCUUCCUGUUGGAAGCAUUUCUUCAAUACUUGGUGCUCAAGUCAUAGUCGAAGGCAUGGAGAAGCACAACCCUCUUAACGAGGGUUCGAUUCUAUGGAUAACCGAAACCCGAACCCCGCUUGGGAUAGUGGACGAAAUAUUUGGGCCCGUGAAGAACCCUUACUACAUUGUAAGGUACAAUUCAGAAGACGAAGUGCCCGACGGGAUCCAACAAGGAACCCUGGUUUCUUUUGUUCAGGAAUUUGCACAUCACGUCCUCAACGACAAGAAUAUUUACAAAAAGGGAUACGAUGCGUCCGGGGAGAACGACGAGGAGCUAUCCGACGAGGGAGAAUUCUCGGACGACGAGAAAGAAGCCGAAUACAAGCAGAUGAUGAAAAUGAAAAAGAGGGGUGGGCCCACUGAACAGAGAUUUGGGGGGAACACAACUAUGGACAAGAAGGUAAGAAACCGACCGGCGGUGUAUCAAAAACAAAACCAAACAACAGCUGGUGGCCAGCCAGCACAAGGUUCUUCAUUGGCUCAUCAGCCGGCACAGUUUCACGGUGGUGGGGCCCCAUCAAGUGGCGGAGGAAUGCCAUGUCAGCAGCAGCCACAGAACAGUUGGUCUCCUUCUUUCCCUAUGAUGCAACCGCCGCAUCAGCAGAUGAUGAUGAUGUCAUUCCCGGCUAUGAACAUGCAUUGGGGGGGCCCACAGAACCACCCGCAGCUGAUGUUCAACAUGCCUAUGGGAAAUGCACAAGGUAAUCCUGCUGGUCCAUUGUUUCCUGCUAACUUUAUGGUUUCCGGUGGACAGCCGGGUUUUGGGAUGUUCAACCCACAACAGUCACUUGGGCAAAGCUUACCCAUGGUGAAUCAUGGCCAACAGAUGCUACCUCCCAAUGCACCUCAAAGUGGGUCUCCAUUUGGUCAAGUAUUGCCCAUGAUGAAUUUGGGCCAACAAAUGGAGCCUCCAAAUGCACCUCAGAUUGGAACCAGUGAUGAUUCUUGGCCGCCGCCUGAGAGUCACCGGAGUUCUGAUCAGCCAAGGAGCUUUCGCGGUGGCCGGCAAACAAAUCACAGGGGCGGUGGCCGUUUUAGAGGCGGGAGAGGCAGACCACAGAACAACUGACCCCAGAGGUGUUUAUUACUCUACUUGUAUUGUUAUUUGAAUUUUUAAAUUUCAAAAGCCCAUCAAACCAUCAAAAACAUGUGAAAACUUUUACUCUAGUUUUAACUUGUAAGCCAAAAAAAAACACAUGGGAAACAUGAGUAUUUCAUUGUUAUCAGUUAUCACGGAAUUGUCAGUCAGCAGUUGUUCGCAG